AUGAUCGACAAAAUCAAGGAGGCCGUCGAGGCGGAGUGUCCCGGCGUCGUCAGCUGCGCCGACAUCGUCGCUCUCGCCGCUCGUGACGGCGUCGUCAUGGCUGGAGGCCCGUACAUCGAUACGCAGCUUGGACGUCGCGAUUCGCGCUCCUCCAGAGCGUCUCGUGCGGAGGCGGCUAUGCCCGGUCACCGGAUGAACGUGGACGAGCUCCUGAAAAACUUCGCCGCCGUGAACCUCACGCGCCUCGACCUCGUGACGCUCUCCGGCGCGCACACGAUCGGCGACGCGCACUGCGGCAGUGUCGAGCACCGGAUCGCGCCGAACCACGACUCCACGAUGGCAAAAUCUUUGCGGGAGAAGCUCAACGACCAGUGCAGAGCCCCCAACGUGGAACCCAGCAAAGAAGUGAACCUCGACUUCAAGACCAAAAACCGAUUUGACAACAAGGGUUGCGAUGGGUCGAUCCUGCUCAAAUCAACGGCGGGGAAUCAAGCGGAGAUGGACGCGCCGCCCAACCUGUCGCUCCACGGAUACGACAUCAUCGAUCGCAUUAAGGAGGCCGUGGAGGCGAAAUGCCCGGGCGUCGUCAGCUGCGCCGACAUCGUCACUCUCGCCUCUCGCGACGCCGUGAAGUUGGCUGGCGGCCCGUUCUGGCCUGUGGACAUGGGUCGCCGCGAUUCGCGCACCUCCUCGGCGGCGCUUGCAUCGACGUCCAUGCCCGGUCACCAGAUGAACGUGAACGCGCUUCUGCGAAACUUCGCGGCGGCGAACCUCACGCUCGUGGACCUCGUCACGCUCGCUGGCGCGCACACGAUCGGCGACGCGAGCUGCGGCUCCGUCGCGCACCGGCUCGCGCCCAACAGCGACCCGUCGAUGGCUCCGCAGUUGCGGGACUACCUUAAUGGCCAGUGCAAGGCUCCCAACGUCGACGAGAAGAUAUUCGUUCUCCUCGAUAGCUCCAGCGGCUCUACAUUCGAUAACCACAACCUUCAGCGGAAGUUCGGGCUGCUGUCGAGCGAUCAGGUGCUGGCGAUCGACUCGCGCACCAAGCAGCUGGUGAACCGCUACGCUUCGGACAGGGGGGCGUUCUUCCGCCAGUUCAGCCACUCCAUGAUCCGCAUGGGCGAAGCGGGCGUGCUCACUGGCACACAGGGGGAGAUUCGCCGCACCUGCAGCGCCGUCAACUAG